GGGAGUCAGCCCUAGAACGUCGCAGUCAUGGUGCGGUGCGGUAGCGUGUGGUUCAGAAAGUAUGGAAACUUCAUUGAUAACCUAAGACUCUUCACCAGGGGAGGAAGUGGUGGAAUGGGUUACCCUCGUUUAGGUGGAGAAGGUGGAAAAGGUGGUGACGUCUGGGUUGUAGCCCAUAAGAAAAUGACUUUAAAACAACUUAAAGACAAAUAUCCUCAGAAACGGUUUGUGGCUGGAGAAGGAGCAAAUAGUCGUGUUAAUGCACUGAAAGGCUCCAGAGGAAAAGACUGUGAAAUUCCUGUACCUGUGGGUAUUUCAGUAACUGAUGAAAAUGGUAAAAUUAUAGGAGAACUCAAUAAAGAGAAGGACAGAAUUUUGGUAGCUGAAGGAGGUCUUGGUGGUAAAUUACUUACAAAUUUCUUACCAUUGAAAGGCCAGAAACGAGUCAUUCACCUUGAUCUAAAACUUAUAGCUGAUAUAGGCCUAGUAGGAUUCCCAAAUGCAGGAAAAUCCUCUUUGCUAAGUCAGGUUUCUCAUGCAAAACCUGCAAUCGCAGAUUAUGCAUUUACAACAUUACAGCCUGAACUUGGAAAGAUUGUGUAUAAUGAUUUCAGACAGAUAUCAGUAGCUGAUCUUCCUGGUUUAAUAGAAGGAGCGCAUAUGAACAAAGGAAUGGGCCACAAAUUCCUCAAGCAUAUAGAAAGAACUAGACAACUACUUUUUGUUGUCGAUAUUUCUGGAUUUCAGCUUUCUUCCCAAACUCAAUACAGAACUGCCUUUGAAACCAUAAUACUUCUUACAAAAGAGUUGGAGUUGUACAAAGAGGAACUUCAGACAAAACCUGCACUCCUGGCAGUUAAUAAAAUGGACUUGCCAGGUGCCCAAGAUAUGAACUAUAUAAGAAAAUCUCUGGAUGAACAUGCCAACCAGGAAAAUGGUGCAUAUCAUAAGAAACAGUUGCUUAAUUUACAGAUUUCUAAUACAAUAUCUUAUAAUGAGCCACCACCAAAGAAUGGUGUUACUAGUCCCAGAUAG